AUGUCACGGGAGAACCAAUCCACAGCUUCUGCUGUAACAGAGUUUUUCAUUGCGGGCUUCCCUGGACUUCAGCCUAAAUACUACAACCUGAUGGCCUCCGUUUUAUUCUGCAUCUACAUGGCUGUGAUUACGGGGAACUGUCUCAUUGUGGUCCUUUUUAUAAUUGAACGCAGCCUUCAUAAGCCAAUGUAUAUCGUCAUGCUGAGUUUGUCUCUUUCUGAUAUUGGUUUUUGCACUGUUGCCUUGCCAAAAGUGAUUUCUCGUUAUUGGUUUAAUGACGGCUAUAUUGCUUUCUAUGCUUGUAUGUUGCAAAGGCUGCUAAUUCACUACUUUGGUACUCUAAACUCUCUUAUCAUGAUGAUCAUGGCCCUAGAUCGGUACUUGGCAAUCUGUUACCCACUAAGAUACCCAGUUUUAAUGACUAACCGCACUAUGAGAAUUUUACUAGGGUUGUCAUGGUGUUCUGCAAUGAUUGCCCCAACUGUUAGUUCAAUGCAGACAUCGCAAAUGCCAUUCUGUGGGCCAAAUAUGAUCCUUCAUUGUUUCUGUGAUGCCUCGUCUAUGAACCAGCUCGCCUGUAAUGAUGCAACCAGCCAGAACCUUGUGUCCUAUUGUAUAGCAAUGUUUGUUCUUCUUGUACCAUUCUCUUUCAUUCUCAUUUCCUAUGUAAGUAUCCUUGUGUCUGUGCUUCGAAUAGCAAAUGCUCAAGGCCGACUUAAAGCCCUCUCUACCUGUGCAACACAGGUGACUAUCAUUACCCUCUAUUAUGUGCCACGUUUUGUUGUUUACUCCAGCACUACUAUACCAAAUAUUCCAAUAACAAUAAGUAGCAGUCAGAGAAUCGCCCUUGUCAUGUUCUAUAGUCUUUUGCCUCCACUGGUAAAUCCCUUAAUUUACUGCAUCAGGAUCAAAGAGAUCAGGCAAUUCUUUCUGAAAUGUGUCCACAAACAUUGUGUGCAAAAAAAUUGGAGGGGCAAGAGGUUAACUAUUUCCAAAUGA